AAGACUUUCAUUUCGAUCUUAUUCCAUCGGUGCAUAACUUGCACAACCGCGGAAAGGUUAUGCGGAAUGCCACGUUCUAAAGCCUUAUUCCACCGCAUUUUCUUUCUCUCGGACCCACCACUGAUUCAGCGCCUCCAUCUUCAGUUUAUUGCCACACAUUAAGUGGCUGUUGAUAUCCCGCUGACUCGCCUGAUCAGGGAUGCCCUAACAAACUCCAACCAGAUUAGCCAUCAAUCCCAGCGGCUCUGCAUGUCACGACAAACGCUUUUUCUUGCACAUUAUUAUAUCCUGCAAAUUAUGCAUGCCGUUAUCUCCGUCCAGACUAUUUUAAAAACACCCCAUCCGCCAUGGCUUUCCCAUUUUCCAUCGUCACGAAUUCCACCCUAGUCUCUCUUUCUCCUUGUGCAGAACCCAACUGCCAUCCUCAUCAUGCCCGACCUCGAGGAUCAAUCCGAGAAGCCCACUUCUCCAGUCCAGUCCCCCGCAUCCAGCACCACCACCAUUGCCGCCCUCUACCCCGAAACCGAUCUCGACAAGGGCAUCAUCGGCUGGGACGGUCAAGAUGACCCCAACAACCCGCAAAACUUUGCCCCGAAACGCAAAUGGAUGCUCCUCGCCCUAAUGAGCUCCUUUACCUUCAUCUCGCCGCUGGCGUCGAGCAUGUUCUCCCCCGCUAUCAGUUACGUGGCCGCCGACUUUGGCGUCACCAAUGAGACCCUCCUCUCCUUCAGUGUCACCAUCUUCCUUCUCGGCUACACAAUUGGCCCCCUCUUCCUCGCCCCCCUCAGCGAAAUCUACGGCCGCCGCAUAACUUUGAGCGCCGCAAACUGGUUCUUCGUCGUCUGGCAAAUUGGCUGCGCGCUCGCCCCCAACCUCUCCGCCUUGAUCGUCUUCCGUCUCUUCGCCGGCAUGGGCGGCGUCGGCUGCAUCACCCUAGGCGCCGGCGUCAUCGCCGACCUCUUCCCCCGGACCCAGCGUGGCAUGGCCACCUCCAUCUGGGCUAUGGGCCCCUUGAUCGGCCCCGUCGUCGGCCCAAUCGCCGGUGGCUUCAUCGGCGAAACCAUCGGCUGGCGCUGGGUAUUCUGGAUCCUGCUCAUCGCCAGCGGCACCAUCGGAGCCUGCAUCGAGCUCCUCAACCGCGAAACCUACGCGCCCGUCCUAAUCCGCUGGAAAACAGCGAAGCUCGCACGCGAACUCAACCGUCCUGAACUUCGCAGCGCCUACGACAUAUCCCAGGGCACGACACCCCCGACUGUCUCCCAGGCGCUAAUGCAGGGUCUCCGCCGUCCCAUCAUCCUCAUCUGCAAGAGUCCCAUCGUCCUUCUCCUCUCCAUCUACAUGGCCUUCGUCUACGGCCUCCUCUACCUCUUCUUCACAACCAUCACCUCCGUCUUCGAACAGACCUACGGCUUCUCCACCGGCCUCGCGGGCCUCUCCUACCUGGGUAUCGGAGUGGGCUUCUUCAUCGGCAUGACUGCCGUCGCAAUGACCAGUGACCGCAUGGUCGUCAAACUCACCGCCCGCAACAACGGCGUCUUCCAGCCCGAAAUGCGUCUCCCCACGAUGAUCAUCUUCGCUUGCUUCCUCCCCAUCAGCUUCUUCUGGUAUGGCUGGUCCGCGAAGUACGAGGUUCAGUGGAUCGUGCCGAUCAUUGGUAUGGCGCCGUUCGGCAUCGGCAUGAUGGGCAUCUAUAUGCCGAUCCAGACGUACGUGAUUGAUUGCUACCCGGCGUAUGCGGCCAGUGCGAAUGCGGCGCUCACGGCGACGAGAUCGUUGGUCGGUGCCGUGUUGCCGCUUGCUGGGCCGAAGCUGUUUAGCAGUUUGGGGCUUGGUUGGGGGAACUCACUCCUGGGAUUUUUGGCGUUGGCAUUUGUGCCCGUACCGAUUUUCUUCAAUCGUUAUGGGCAGAAGAUUCGGGAGAAGUGGGUUGUGAAGUUGGACUAAUGCCCCUACGACCACUUGUGCAUUUUCUUUGUGUUACCAAAAAGUUUUAGUGGGCAUAUUUAUAGAUAAUAUACGUACAUAUAUGUGCAUAUAUACAUUAAUAGAGAUAUAAAUAGUAUAACAGAAGAUGAUAUUACAGAGUGAU